AUGAUAACUUCACCUUAAGAGAUGCGAAUAUUAUCAAAAAGAUUCUUUGGUAAUAAGAUCAUUGAUUCAAUUGUACUUGAAGAGAUGAAGGAAUAUCAUUAAAAUAAAGAGAGAAUUGCAAAUAUCAUUUAGAGAUGUUAUCCUGAAAGUUAUAAGUUAUAUUCAGAUUUAGGUAUGAGAGAUAUAUAUUUUAUAAAAGAUCCUUAACUUCUAAGUAUUUUCAUUCAAUAUUUUUUGAAUUAACUUAAUUUUGUUAUUGAAAAAAAGUAUAUAUUUCAAAGAGCUACAUGCUUAUUAGAAUUGAGUGUUCAUUUAUUUAAUAUUUCUUGGGAGAAAAGAUGGAUUAGAGAAAAAUCUUUUGAAGAAUUCAGAUAAAUAAUUGUUAGACAUUCAUUAUACAGACCACCACAUAGUGUUUAUAUAUUUAGUUUGGAGAACUUGAAAGAAAUUUCAUUGCAUUUUUUAUCAACAUUUUUUAGAUUCUAUAGAGCUUACUUCUUUACAUUUACUCCUUGGGUUGAUAUUGUAGUGACAACUUAUUAGAAACAUUAAAUAAAAAAGGAUGUGAAAGAUUUAGAAUUGGAAAAAUUGAGAUAGGAAGCAGAAUAAUAUAAUGAUUAGAUUGAUCCAGAAAUGAUGGAAUAAUUAAUGAGUGGCAAUUCUAUAUUUUAGAUUCCAGAAAAGAAGAAAAGAGAAAUGUUAGAAUAACAAUAAUAGAAAGAGAAAUAAGAAAGAAUUGAUAGAGUAUUAAAAAAGAGAUUAGAAGAAUUAUAAUAAGUUUUUGAUUAAAAAAUAAAGGAAUAAGAUGAACAUUUUAUAAAAUUAGCUGAAGAUUUAAAAAAUCCAAAAAAAAAAUGA